AUGACCUUAACGAAAUAUUGUUUAUUAAUAGUGCAUGAGAAAGAUAUACGAUACUGUUUGAACUACAUGGAAAUCGAUUGGAAAAAUGCGAGAUGUAACAAGGAACGACAAAUCAUGCUCGAUUGGGCAGAUUUUAAUCGUCGUCUUAUUCUUAUUUCGGCGACUUUCGCCUUCGGGGGUGUAAUCAUUUAUCGAUUAACAAUACCAUUGGUCUCACCAAGAAUCGUUAUAGGUAAUUUGUCCUUUAGACCAUUAGCAUAUCCCAUUUCCAAGUUCGUCAUGGAUACUCGUCAAAGUCCAAUGAACGAAAUUAUGAUCUGUUUGCAAUGUUUGGCCGGUCUCAUCAUGAGCGCAAUUACGGUUGGAUCUUGUAGCAUGCUUACCGUAUCCACUAUGCAUGCCUGUAGUCAGCUGAAAAUUUUAAUGUCCUGGUUAAAUUAUCUCGUAACAAAACGACCCAACGAAACUAACGAUACCGAGGAAAGAUUGGGCAACAUAGUUAAACGACACGGAUGGCAAAAUGGCAAUCAUAGCAUAUGUUCAAUGCAAAACAUUACUUAUACAACCUUAAUAUUAUCUUUCGGAUACAAUAUAUUUAUAUUUUGUUACGUCGGUGAAAUACUCGCCGAAGAGUGCAAAAAGGUAGCUAAGGAAGCUUACAUGAUCGAUUGGUAUCGACUUAAAGGUCGAAAAGGUCUCAGUCUCUUAUUAAUUAUCGCUAUGUCUUCAUCGUCAAAUAGAUUAACCGCUGGAAAAUUCGUCGAAUUAUCAAUCAGCAGUUUCGGUGACAUGGUAAAAACAUCAUUUGCGUAUUUGAAUAUGCUUCGUACGUUGACUUCCUAA